AAUUAAUUUGAUCUGUUUCACAGAAGCAGCGUUUUAUAGAUCGAUAAAGUGAUCUCCAUUGCAAGAGUUAGAGAAAGUGAGUUGAAGAUGGCGAAUUCAGUGAGUCCACUAAUUGUAGCGUUCGGGGAGAUGCUCAUCGACUUUGUGCCAGACACGGCCGGAGUUUCGUUGGCCGAGUCCACGGGGUUCCUCAAGGCCGCCGGCGGUGCACCUGCCAAUGUGGCUUGUGCCAUCACCAAGCUUGGUGGUAAAUCGGCUUUCGUUGGCAAGGUUGGAGAUGACGAGUUCGGACACAUGCUGAUCAACAUAUUGAAGAAGAACGGGGUGAACGCAGAGGGAGUGUGCGUGGAUAAGCAUGCCAGAACAGCUUUGGCGUUCGUGACCUUGAAGAACGACGGUGAAAGGGAGUUCAUGUUUUACCGGAACCCAAGUGCUGAUAUGUUGCUCAAGGAUUCGGAGCUAAACAUGGGUCUUAUCAAGCAGGCUAAGAUAUUCCACUACGGAUCCAUAAGCCUCAUAGCCGAGCCAUGCAGAUCGGCUCAUAUGGCAGCCAUGAAAGCCGCUAAGGAAGCUGGCGUUUUGCUUUCCUACGAUCCCAACGUCAGGUUGCCCCUCUGGCCCUCUGCUGAUGCUGCUAGGCAGGAGAUCAAGAGCAUAUGGAAUCAGGCUGAUUUCAUCAAGGUGAGCGACGAUGAGGUGAACUUCUUGACGCAAGGAGAUUCUGAUAAAGAAGAUGUGGUUCUGUCCCUGUGGCAUGACAACCUCAAACUGCUCGUGGUCACUGAUGGUGAGAAGGGCUGCAGAUAUUACACUAAGAAAUUCAAAGGAAAGGUGGCCGGCUUCUCAGUUAAAGCCGUGGACACAACCGGCGCCGGUGAUUCUUUUGUUGGUUCAUUUUUGCUUUCCAUGGCCAAUGAUAUGUCCAUCUUUGAGGACGAAGCAAAAUUGAAGGAGGCUCUGAGUUUUGCAAAUGCUUGUGGAGCUAUAUGUACAACUCAAAAGGGUGCAAUUCCAGCUCUUCCAACCCAGUCUGAUGCCCAUGAGCUCAUUUCCAAGUCCAAAGCCAAAUAGAUCCAUCCAUCCAUGUUUUGAUUUCCAUCUUUAAUUUGUUUAGCACCACAUCCAAACCCUUUUUAAUUAAUUGUUUAUUUUCUGGUUAGCCUAGUUUUUGAGGAUAAUGAGUAAUAAUAUUUCAAAUUUGUUAAUUUCUCUAUA